ACGUGCUGACGCUAAUUGUAUAUGAGCGCGAGCGGCGGGCUCUCGGGUCUUUUUUAGCGCCAUCUGUUCGCCGCGCCGCCUUCUGCUCCUCCCGCCGCCGCCCUGAGUCACUGCCUGCGCAGCUCCGGCCGCCUGGCUCCCCGUGCUACCCACCGAUAUUUGGCGUUCAUACAACAUGGCAGACAUCGACAACAAAGAACAGUCUGAACUUGAUCAAGAUUUGGAUGAUGUUGAAGAAGUAGAAGAAGAAGAAACUGGUGAAGAAACAAAAAUCAAAGCGCGUCAGCUGACUGUUCAGAUGAUGCAAAAUCCUCAGAUUCUUGCAGCCCUUCAAGAAAGACUUGAUGGUCUGGUAGAAACACCAACAGGAUACAUUGAAAGCUUGCCUAGGGUAGUUAAAAGACGCGUGAAUGCUCUCAAAAACCUUCAAGUUAAAUGUGCACAGAUAGAAGCCAAGUUCUAUGAGGAAGUUCAUGAUCUUGAAAGAAAGUAUGCUGUUCUCUAUCAACCUCUAUUUGAUAAGCGAUUUGAGAUCAUUAAUGCCAUUUAUGAACCUACAGAAGAAGAAUGUGAAUGGAAACCAGAUGAGGAAGAUGAAAUUUCGGAGGAGCUAAAAGAAAAGGCCAAGAUUGAAGAUGAGAAAAAGGAUGAAGAAAAAGAAGACCCCAAAGGAAUUCCUGAAUUUUGGUUGACCGUUUUUAAGAAUGUUGACUUGCUCAGUGAUAUGGUUCAGGAACAUGAUGAACCUAUUCUGAAGCACUUGAAAGAUAUUAAAGUGAAGUUCUCAGAUGCUGGUCAGCCUAUGAGUUUUGUCUUAGAAUUUCACUUUGAACCCAAUGAAUAUUUCACAAAUGAAGUAUUGACAAAGACAUAUAGGAUGAGGUCAGAACCAGAUGAUUCUGAUCCUUUUUCUUUUGAUGGACCAGAAAUUAUGGGUUGUACAGGGUGCCAGAUAGAUUGGAAAAAAGGGAAGAAUGUCACUUUGAAAACCAUUAAGAAGAAGCAGAAACACAAGGGACGUGGGACAGUUCGUACUGUGACCAAAACAGUUUCUAAUGACUCUUUCUUUAAUUUUUUUGCCCCUCCUGAAGUUCCUGAGAGUGGAGAUCUGGAUGACGAUGCUGAAGCUAUCCUUGCUGCGGACUUUGAAAUUGGUCACUUUUUACGUGAGCGCAUAAUCCCAAGAUCAGUGUUAUACUUUACUGGAGAAGCUAUUGAAGAUGAUGAUGAUGAUUAUGAUGAAGAAGGUGAAGAAGCGGAUGAGGAAGGGGAAGAAGAAGGAGAUGAGGAAAAUGAUCCAGACUAUGACCCAAAGAAGGAUCAAAACCCAGCAGAGUGCAAGCAGCAGUGAAGCAGGAUGUAUGUGGCCUUGAGGAUAACCUGCACUGGUCUACCUUCUGCUUCCCUGGAAAGGAUGAAUUUACAUCAUUUGACAAGCCUAUUUCAAGUUUUUUGUUGUUUGUUUGCUCGUUUUUGUUUUUGCAGCCUAAAAUAAAAAUGUCAAAUAUAAUUUUAGUUCUCCAGAGAUAAUGUCUUAAUUUUGUACUAAUUCAGGUAGAAGCAGAGGCCUAGCUUAAAUUAUGUACCCAGUUUACCGCAUUAUUGAAAAGGGUGCCAACUUUGGAAGAGGUACUACAUCUACUAAUGAGAGAGUAUUAAAAAAGAAAACAAAAUCUUAAAUGAUUUAAUGUUUUUAAUAGAAAGAUUAAAAGGAUAAAUUUUAUUUCCUUUGGUCAGAACUAGACAAAAGGCCCCAAGCCUCUACAGUUAAUUCCAAUUCUUAUUCCUUAAAGUAUGAGUGUGUCAUUUACCCACGCCUUUUGUUUUACUAUCUAUUAAAAUGGGUAGUACUGUUUACUUAACUACCUCACAGAUGUGUUAAGGCAUAUUAAGUUAAAUUUUAUGAAAUGUUUCUCAGUCUCAUCAAAAGCUCAAAAGUUUGGACCUAUUUGUACCACAAGUAUGUGAUAUUCAGCAUUUUAUUUAUACCAAGGUCUGAUAGUUAAACUGGAAAACAAAGAUUAAGGACCUUUAUUCUGGAUCCGGUCAGGCAACCCUUGCAGAUCUUUGUGUGGCUCCUAUUUUAAUAGAAGUGGAUGGAUGAGCAACUGUUUGAAAAGGUCCAAGAAUUUUUUUUCCAGCUCUUUUAAUUAUGACCAUAUUGUAGUAAAUACUGCAGAUAUCAUGGGACUAAAGUAGAAAUAAGACCAUUUUUAGAGGGGGGGAAAUGCCAUUAAAUUAGAGACUGUAGAGCCACGUUUAAAAUACCUCAGGCUAAUUACUGUUACUUUUGCGGAUGAACUUUAAAGCUUUGACAGUGAGGAUGGACUAAUUGGGUUGUAAUUAUAGGAAGGCCUUAGAGUUCCUUCUAUAUUAUUAACUACUGGAAAUCCUUAACCAAUUGCAGUAGCUUAUAGGGGGGGAAAGGGGAAAAUGCCAUGAAAACACCUGUUUUUCCUCUUUAUUUUCAAAAUGAUUUUGGUUGUUUUGAUUAGACAUUCUGUGACUUUUUUUUUUCUUUUGUACCCAUAGCUCACCUGAACACAGCUUUUUCUGAACUUAAAAUUUUUAAUCUAAAGAUAGAAUCCCAUUUUUAAUGAACUUAAAGAAGUAGCAAAAUCACUAUUUUUUUUUUAUUCCUUUAGGAAAUAGCUGUUGCCAAAGUGAAGAGGUAGAUACUAUUUCAUCUUGUUAUAUAAGGGGGAAUAUGGUUUGCAGAGGAAUUGUUUUUUUAAAUAAAGUUGGAGUUUCAAGGGA